GAGCGGCGGCCGCUGGAGGGGCCCGGCGCCCUGGAGGAGGGGAGCGCCAGGGGCCUGCUGCACAGGCGGCAGGCCGCCCUGGGCGUGGGCGGCGCGCUGCUGGGCGCGGAGGUCGCGGGGGCGCCGGCGCGCGCGGAGCUCCCCGCCUGGGCCAACCGCGCCGCCACGGGGGUCAAGGCCCCGGACAAGGCCGAGGAGCUGGCCGCGGUGCAGGCCGGGGGGCAAGGCUUUGGUCGCCUCAGCGCGCUGCAGUUCUCGAAACUGUCCAAGGCGGCCGCCAUCGUGAAGUCUCAGAAUCUGAAGGAGCCGAAGGUGGGCGCCAGGGUGUACGCCAAUAGCGGCAACGCCCUGUACCGCCUCGGCAAGCCGAAGAAGGCGUUGCAGGACUACAGCUUGGCGAUAAGUACAGACCCGACGUGCGGGAGGCUCUACGUGUACAGGGGGAUUGUGUUGGAGGAGCUGAACCGCACCGACGAGGCCUUUGCAGAUUACGCGAAGGGCACGGAGGUGGAUCCCAAUUGCGCGGUGGCAUGGGCGAGCAAGGGCACGGGCUUGAUGGCCAGGGGCAACUAUCCAGAGGCGAAGGAGGCGCUGCUGAAGGGUACCGAGCUCUUCAAUAACAAGCCUACUCCCAGCCCGGAUGAAGCCAGGCUCGACGCCGCAUUGCCCUGGGCCGGCUUGCCGCGCGGUUUCUUUUUCUGCAUCGUGAACCUGGCCGUCACCGAGUACGAGGUUGGCGACACGGCCUCGGCUCAGAAGCGAAUAGACAAUCUGAACGCGGUUAUGAAGGACAAGCCGCUCGCCGCCGCCAAGGCUGCGAGCGCGCUGAUGGUCUUGGCCAACAAGGGGGGCUCGAGCAUCGGCAUCGUGGACUUCGAGGCAGAGAAGGCCUGGAAGCAGGUGGAGGACAUCGACUACCGCUGGCACAAGUUCUCCUUCGCCUCCAAGUCGAUCCAGUGGGGUCCGAAGCUGGCGGACGCGCUCUCGGCCCUCCGGCAGAACAGGUUCAUCUCUGCGUGA